AUGGCAAUUGAAUUUUUCCCAUCGAUACGUGCCGAGAUCCCCGCCGUGAUAUCUGGCCGGUCACGGAUAUUACGGCUUUCUGUUGGUUGUGCUCGAUUGCUUGAAAAUGUUCUUCGAAGUCAUUCAAGGCCAGGACCGAUCUCGAACCAUGACCCCGAUAUUCUCGAGGGUGGGCGUCAUGGUCCCGAACUCCGAAUCAAUGAGACCUUUACCUCGGUUUCGGCCCCUUGUUAUCAUAUUUCGAGCUUGUCUUAUCAUGUCAGAGACUGGGCAUCUUCACCUCAGAUGGAUUACCUCAAAUCACUGGCUGAAGUAUUCUCCACAAAUCUUGAAACACCUCCAUCUUCAAUCCAAUUUAUAGAUGCAGCUCUUUCUUGUACAAGCCCACCCUUUGCACCACCUUACACAGAUCCUAAUCAAAUAUGCAUAAUUCGUAGGCACCUCAUUUCUUUGCUUCAAAAUUAUCCUUCUUUAAGACCAUCCAUCGAUACCUUUACACACGACGAUGGCACCACCGCGAACUUACUUAAUGCAAAUGGAGAAAUGCAAGUCUCUUCUUCAACCCCCGCAAUUCCUCUUACCAUUUGGUUACAUGAAAGUUACCCUUUUAUGGCCCCUAUUGUCCUUGUGUCUUUAAAUACUAGUUAUCCAAUUUAUGACAACCAUCCUUAUGUGGACUCUUCAGGUUCUGUUUCUUCAUUUUACCUAGUAAAUUGGAAGUACCCUGGCUGCAACCUCUCAGACCUUGUGCACAACCUUAUCAAGAUCUUUUCACAUAAUCAUCCCUUUUACUAUUCAGCUCCUAGUGUUUAUUCCUUUCACCCUUCUCUAGCUUCUAAAAGGGAGGCUGUGGACCGACUCUCGUGCACCCUUCAUUAUGACAUGACUGAGUUACUGUCUAAGACACAUGUAGAAGUGGAGGAGCUUUCAACACUUAGAGAACAAAUGGUUAGAAGGGCUAUUAUUGCAGAAAUUUCAGUUGAUGAGCAUGAAACUGAAAUAUCAGAAUUGAAGGAAAGGGUGAAAAUUUUGACAGACGAAGCGGAUAAAGUAUCGAGUUGGUUAAGAGUUAAUGAUCAAAGUUCAUUUUCAGAACAUCCAAUUGAGGAUGCAUUUGAAGCCAGUGAUGAGAAUUCAAAGGUACUACUUGAAUGUCUAGCAGCAGACAGGGCAACAGAGGACUUGAUAUACUCAUUAGACAAAGUAGUUGAGCAAGGGGUAGUGAAUUUAGGUACAUAUCUAAAGCAAGUGAGACUUUUGGCCAGAGAUCAAUUCUUUGGUAGAGCUAAGCUUGUGAAAAUGGGAAUAUCACUCAAGUGGCUUGACUGA